CUCUCGCGCAGUUGUGGUUAUUGUCCGCUGGGCCCGCUGCAGCGAAGGGCAGAGGGCAGGGGCCUUCUGAACUCUCCGAAGUCAAUCUGCUUCGCCUGGCCUCAGUUUCCAGAAGGACAUUAAUAGGGUCUCGCCUGGCUGUGGGGCUCAUUCCCUGAAUAGCAAAAGCAAAAUGAAGAAGACUUAGAUAAGACUAGAUUUAGAGCGAGGACCAGAGUGACUCUCCGACACUCGGAGUUUGUUGUUAUAUGUACUGGUGGGGGAUUGAAUGUGGUGAUUCUGUAGUGAUCCGUACCCCAUCCGUUUUCCCCUAGAAGUAUGCUAGGUGGAACACUGGUGUGUUCAGGAGAAUGUGUAUGAAGCAGACACAGGUGGAAGGAAGGGAUAUGUGCUGUCCAUCUGGUUUCCCAGAUGACAUCCUGCAAGAGCUCAAGGUAGAACAGUUAACAGAAGAGCAGAAGAAUGAGUUCAAGGCUGCCUUCGAUAUCUUUGUCCUGGGUGCGGAGGAUGGCUGCAUCAGCACCAAGGAGCUGGGCAAGGUGAUGAGGAUGCUGGGCCAGAACCCCACACCCGAGGAGCUGCAGGAGAUGAUUGACGAAGUAGACGAGGAUGGCAGUGGCACGGUGGACUUCGAUGAGUUCCUUGUCAUGAUGGUUCGGUGCAUGAAGGAUGACAGCAAAGGGAAGUCUGAGGAGGAGCUGUCAGAUCUCUUCCGCAUGUUUGACAAGAAUGCUGAUGGCUACAUUGACUUAGAUGAGCUGAAGAUGAUGCUGCAGGCCACAGGUGAGACCAUUACAGAGGACGACAUUGAGGAGCUCAUGAAAGAUGGUGACAAGAACAAUGAUGGCCGGAUUGACUAUGACGAGUUCCUGGAAUUCAUGAAGGGUGUGGAGUAGACGCUGAUCAUGCACAGUUGCCUGCACCUGUUCUCCCUCUCCAACCAGACCCUGUGGUAGGACUGCAGCCGGCUUCUCUAGACUCUGAACCUGCUUGUGCCCUUCUGGACUCUCUCCCCAUUCCUGUCCUGGGUAACACAAAUAAAUC